CGGCAAAAAGAACAUAACCUAUAAAUUUGACAGCUUAAAAAAUGUUUUCUCAAGAUUUAGAUACCAAGUCUAACUCAAAAGUUAUAAUAAAACUCUUUCAAAAUGUUAAAAAUGUGCCUGAAAUUCGUCAAAAAAUCAUUUCAUCAUCAUUAAAAUGUUGCGUGAUUAAACCAAGUUUAAUAACGGAUCCUUUACAAGUAAUCGUAGCAGCGAAUAAAGCUGUUUGUGCUCAAAAAUUAAAAACUAAGUCAAUAUACAGUGAAAUCCUUUUUAAUUUAUCAAUAUCAAAGAAUAUUACUCAAAGUUUACAAACUUUCGGAAUCCAUGAUAAAGAAACCGACCUUUUAGUUGUAGUUAUCACAAACGACAUUGAUAAUUCAGAGGAAGUUUUUAAAGAAAUCGAUGGAGAUGAAACUGAUGUUAUUAAAUUACAAGAUUUGUGUGAUACAAAAGCACUUUGUAAAGCCUAUAAAAUAGGUGACGAGGAGUUUAAAUGUGUCGAUUUAAUUGAUUCAGUUGUAACACGAAUAGCUGUUAAAGAUUGUUUGUUAUAAUUUUAUUGAAUAAAUUUUUCAAAUUUUUUUUUAUCUAAAACAACACCA